AUGCAUGUGAUUAUCUGCAAAAGCGUCUACCAUAGAUUUAGAACUACACCUGACCAGCAGUGGUUUGGCUAUUCUAUGCUUAAAGUGGAGAACACAAGAAACGACUCAUUUUAUUUUGGUAUCUUUUUCGAUGCUGCAGUGACUAUCUACUGCGGAAUCUCAUACAUAGCUUUGAUGAUCUACAUCAGAAGAUUCGGUGGCUCCACUAGCACCGCUUUGAAGCGAGAAAUCAGAUGUUUCUUUCAAUUCGUUUUGAUGUUUGUUACCUACGCAAUCACUUGGAUAACUUUCUAUGGUUAUCCGAUCACAGGAAUCCAAACUCCAGAGGCUUAUGUCGUGACUCCUGUGGUACUCGUGUUCAACAGCGGUGUCAAUCCAAUAAUAUUUUUGACUCUGAACAAGGAGGUAAUUGCAGCAGCUCGCGGAUUAUGUAAGGCUCUGCUAUCAAUAACAACUAGCCACUGA